AGCGAAUAUUAUUUAGGGCUCAUGCGAGGGAAGAGAGCGAUCACUCUAGGUAAGCGCUCGUCGAUUCUAAGGCGCUGGUUUCGAUCUGAUCGCCAAGAGCAGCAAAACCUCCAGGGAUCUAGCCGCCGAGAACAGCAACAUCAGCAGCCGCGUAGAGAACAGGGAAAUUUCGAGAGCAAGUCCAGCUUUCUAGCGGCAGUGAAGGCGUGUAGCUGCGCCAAGGAUCUCCGAGAGGGCAGGCGCCUCCAUUCUAGCGCUGUUGCCAAUGGCCUCGUCUCGAGCAUCGUCGUGGCAAAUGCGCUGGUCAGUAUGUUCGCGAAAUGCGGCAGCCUUGCGGAUUCUCGCGCCGUCUUCGACGAGAUGGCGGUCCACGACGUGGUGUCCUGGAAUUCGCUGAUCCUGGGGUACGCAGAGAUUGGCGAGCCGGAAUCAGCAUUGGAACUCUUCGAUCGCAUGAGGAGAGAGGGUUUCACGGCUGACAAUCGGACCUACGUUGCGGCCCUCAUGGCGUGCAUUGCUCUGGGCGCACAGGAAGAGAUGAAGCGGCAGCACGGGAAGAAAUCUCUGGAAAGAAUGGUGGUUCUAGAGAAGGGUCGAGAGAUCCAUGCUCAAGCUUCCAGCGCUGGCUAUGGAUCCAACAUCUACGUUGCAAACACGCUCAUCAACAUGUACUCAAAGCUUGGGUGCCUUGCGGAGGCUCGAGAGGUGUUCGACCGGAUUGGAAAGGAGGAGAGGAGCGUUGUGUCGUGGACCGCGAUGAUGAUGGGGUGUAACGAGAAUGGAGACGAGCAGGAAAGUUUGGAGCUCUUUCGGCAAAUGCAACGCCAUGGCUGUCCUCCCAACUCUCGGACUUUUGUCGCAACGCUCAUGGCCUGUGCUGGAUUGGCCGAGAAAGCUGAUGGGAGUGACAAGGCCGAAUAUCUUGAGAAGGGACGAGCGAUUCAUACACAAGCUGUGAAAGGUGGCUGCGGCUCGGACGUUUUCUUCGCGAGCACUUUGAUCCAUAUGUAUUGCAAGUGUGGGAGCCUGGAAGAUGCUAGAGCCGCGUUCCAGCGAAUGCAGCGCUUGGACGUGGUGUCCUGGAACGCUCUCAUCCUGGGACACGUUGAGAAUGGCGAGAGCCAGUGUGCACUCGAGAUCUUCGGCGGCAUGAAGAGGAUCGAGAGACAUCGCCGCUGCUCGCCGAACGCUCGGACUUUCGUUGCUGCGCUUAUGGCCUGCUCCAGCCUGACUGCAAAAGAAGCUGGGAAACAGGUUGACGGGAAGCUCGUGAAGCCGGUGAGUUUGAAGAGAGGGAUGGAUGUACAUUCGCAAGCGGUGCAGUGUCGCUGCGAAACGGAGCUUUUCGUGGCCACCACCUUGAUCGACAUGUAUUCGAAGUGCGGGAGCAUGGUCGAAGCCCGAAAGUGCUUCGACAAGAUGCCCAGCCGCAACGUCGUUACGUGGAAUUCUCUCAUCCUGGGCUACGCGGAGAACGGUGACGGUGAGCAGGCCUUGCAAGCCUUCCGGCGGAUGAAAGCCAACAAACGUCUCGUGCCGGACACUCGAACUUACGCUGCAGUGCUGAUGGCCUGUGGCAGCAUGGCGUCGCUUGAAACCGCGAGAGACGUCCAUAGCGAGAUUCGUGGUCUCGGGCUCGACCAAGAUGGAUUCAUCGCCAACUGCUUGGUGGACUGCUACUGCAACUGUGGGAGCUUGGAAGAGGCAAAACAGGUUUUUGACGCGCUGGGCAGCAAGAACGUUGUCUCCUGGAGCUCGCUCAUAGCAGGAUACAGCCGCCACGGCCACGUAAAGCAGGCUCUCGACUUGUUCCAGACGAUGCAAGACGGUGGCUUCCAGGCGGACAAGAUGACCUUCACGUCCAUCCUCACGGCUUGCAGCCACGCCGGACUGGUGGAAAAAGGGAAGGAGCUGUUUGAGCUUAUGGCCUCCAAGCACGGCGUGGAGCCGGACAUGGACCACUACCACUGCAUGAUCGAUCUUCUAGGCCGCGCAAACCAUCUGGAGGAGGCAGUGGCGAUGGCGGAGGGAAUGCCGUUUGAUCCAAAUGCCGUGACUUGGAAGACGGUGCUGGGGGCGUGCCAGAAGUGGAACAACGUCCGGAUCGCGAGGGUGGCGUUUGAGAGGCUGCGGCAAGUUGACGAGGAGCAAGCGGCGCCGUACGUUCUCAUGGCAAACAUCUUUGGAAGCUCGAUCUCGUCCAGCGACAAGUCUUGCUCCAACCGCUCGACGAGGAAGACUUAAGAAAGGUGAUGCAAGAGUAACAAAUCAAGUUGUCUUCGUCGGAACAGCAGUUCUCUAUAAUAUGGCGAUGGCCUGUGGAUCCAGAGCAUCAAAUCGAUGGACUUGGGUGUGGCC